UGUUGGCAGCUGGCCUGGUACAUCCAUUUUUUGUUAUUUUUGGCACGGGUAGAAAUAUUGUCUAACACUUUUAUAUUCUCUACAUGUUUUAGAUUUUUGUUUGUCGCUGUUAUAUUGCAGUGUUUAUUUUGAUGACUGAACGAAUAUGUGGAGGUGUUAAUUUAGACGGCACCUUCUAGCCUACGCCCCUUUCCAGAAGGACUUAAAUGUGAGCGCGGCGGACUUGUGCUUCGCAGUCAAAGCCAGUGAAGAAGGGGAUGCUGUAGAGAGAACCAACCUCAGGCAGCAGUUGUCUGUACUUGACAUUUUCUACCCUAGUUCGUACAGUUGCAGUUUCCUGCCCCAAGAUGAAGACCAUACUUGCUGCAUACUCCGGAGUCCUGCGAGGCACCGGAUCCAGCAUCCUCUCCUCUCUUAAAGACCUGCCUGCGACUCCUUGGCUGUCCCGAUCCAAGAUGGAGAAACAGCUCCAGAUGAUCUCUGUUCUCCAGUGGAUCCUAUCCUUCCUUGCCAUGGGUGCAGCCUGCACUGCGCUCCUCGUCUACCUGUUCUGCACAGACCUCUGGGUGAUCGCCGCCAUGUACUUUGCUUGGCUCAUAUUUGACUGGAAUACACCAAAAGAAGGAGGCCGCAGGUCGUCCUGGGUGAGGAACUGGGCUAUGUGGACAUACUUCAGGGACUACUUCCCCAUCAGACUCAUUAAGACUCACGACCUUCUGCCCAGCCGUAACUACAUCUUCGGCUACCACCCCCACGGCAUAUUCUGCUUUGGUGCCUUCUGCAACUUUGGGACUGAGGCUACGGGAUUCUCCAAGAAAUUUCCAAAAAUCAAGCCCUCAUUGGCCACACUGGCUGGGAAUUUCCGGAUGCCAGUUCUACGGGACUAUCUCAUGUCUGGAGGCAUUUGCCCAGUGAAUCGCAAUUCCAUUGAUUACUUGCUGUCACGGAGUGGAACUGGCAAUGCUGUGGUCAUCGUUGUUGGCGGUGCAGCGGAAUCACUUGACUGUGCCCCAGGGAAGAAUUCUGUCACACUCAAAAGCCGCAAAGGCUUCAUAAAGCUGGCUCUUCAGCAAGGGGCAGACCUGGUGCCGGUGUAUUCCUUUGGGGAAAAUGAGGUGUACAAACAGGUGAUCUUUGAGGAGGGCUCAUGGUGGCGGUUCGCCCAGAAGAGGCUGCAGAAGUUGGUGGGCUUCGCUCCCUGCGUCUUCCAUGGCUGUGGCCUCUUCUCCUCAGAUUCUGUGGGCCUGGUGCCCUACUGCAAACCCAUCACCACCGUAGUGGGAGAGCCCAUCACUGUGCCAAAGUUUGAGGAGCCCAGUCAGGACGUUGUGGACUUGUACCAUGCCAUGUACAUCAAGUCUCUCAAGAAUCUCUUUGACAAGUACAAGACUCGGUUUGGGCUGAAGGAGAGUGACUCGCUGCUUAUCCAAUGAGAGCGAGGAGGAGACGUCACCUCACAAUCCAGCUGACCCUGACCAGUGGCCUCUGCUGCCGUGCCGACCAGCCCUCCCUCCCCUCCGCACCCCACCAAAGUGCUUUAUAUGGAGAGUAUGAUCUUGUGAAAAUGCAAUGGAAAAGUAUGCAAGUGUGAAGACAUAAGCCUCUGUCGCCCCGUUGUCAAGGUGAAAUGUCAGUGAAGUGAAGUGCAUUGACCUGUUAAACACUACUUUGGAAAAGUGCUGUUAAAUAGUUUUAUCCACUCUCAAAUUCAGAACAGUUGACAUCGAUACUGAGUGGUACAGGCAACGUUUGUAAUUCCCACCACUUUGCAAAAUGGUACAAAAAGAAUCAACAGGUGCAACAGUUUGAUACAAAUGUGCCAUUGUACUCCCCUGCCACUAGGUGGCAAUAAAUAAUUUGAAAAGAAUAGUGAUUCUUUUAAGGAUAAAAAAGCUGCACUCAACAGACUUAAAAAAGUUUUCAGUAUUUCAUACAUUGAUUAUAUAUAUAUCAAUAUAGAGUUGUUUUUUUUAACUGCACAAGCAAUGCACCGUGUUGCCUGACUAUCACUUGACUAUUAUUUUGCCAAAGACUUCUUCAGAUACACUCAGUUGCCAGUUUAGGAACACUGCUUUAGAGCUAAUGCAGUUUAAUAUACCAGUUCCGUAGUAAAUCUUAGUUUCAUGAAGGUUAUGAUACUCAGUAUUUGUUUAACUAAUUUAGAGAGCUGUUGAAUCAACAGUGUGCUCAUUUUGGAGGCUGCAGUAUGGUGCUGCAGUAAUUGUAUUGCACGACACACAUUUCUUUUGUUUUGACCAACCCAUUUCAAUCAGUGAAGCUAGUCCAAAUAACAGAAAUAUCUUUGUGUUUAAUUCAAUACAGUCUAACAGCACCACUAAGUACACUUUCCAAAAUGAUUGGACAUCUGAAAUGCCCUCUCAAAUAGGGUUUCAACAAUUAUACCAACCAUGAAGGGAGAUUUAUUAUAAGACAUUUAUUAGACAGCAUUUGUGUUUCACUACAUCUACCUAAUAAUCUGGCAAUGGAGUGUGUAUGAAGUACAUCAUAUGACCUUACUAAAUAAAAACAACUACCUACCAUAAAUGCAAAUCUGUAAAAACACAAAGUAUUCUAUGAACAAUGAAUGUGUGUUGUGCCUUUUUCUACCUGUUAUGAAGCUAAAGCAUAGGCCUAGCAAUCCCCACUCUCACAUGUCAAUGUGAUCCCAUUUGGUCUUCUGGCUUCUCCCUCCAGUGUUUGCCUUUCCGUUUAUACUCUGCUGUAUUCAGUGUUUAUAUUGCCAACCAUUUCACACCUUUUUUAUAAGAAUUGAAUCUUUCUAUAACAUCAAAUGAUUGGUGCAUAGCCAGAUUGACAUGGGUUUCCAAAGGUGCAGUAUUUGUAUGAUAAGCCAAGCCAACACAAUACAAUAAGCUGUUUGUUCCACUGGUCCUAAUAAAAUUGCCUCAACUAACACAGCUUCUCUGAAUGCUUUGAUGUGAGGACAAUGUGGAGAAAUUCAAAUUCAAAGUUUAAAUAAGAUGAGUUUCAUACAUUUUUGCCAACAUUGAAAACACAGGACUGGGCUUAGUCCAGAUGACAAAAAUAUAAUGUUGAAAUACAGGUGGUUGUUUGAUUUUUUUCUCUGCUUGAUUGCUUUAUACUUCCUGCUGAGAAAACAAGAAAAAGGUGUAUGUGUCUAUGGAAUUCAUGUGCAAUAAAAACAUUCAUCAAGUUAUGUUCCGAAUGUCAAAUGUACAAUGUGCCUAUUAAACUUUUUUAAGUUUUUUGAAAAGAAA